AGCUGACAUGGUCCUAUCAAGAUUCUGUGGUCCUUAGAUUGAGUCAGUAUUAGGUUGUGUCAGUCAGGGAGCCGAGGUCUAAGUGGUGAGGUCUGUGCACUUAUCACCAUGGUUGAUGCUCGCAGUGGGAAGAGCACCAUGCCGUAUAGUAAGGCUCAAGAGGAGCAGGCCGCCGCCAUCAUAAGAGAGAGAAGGGAGAAGGAGCUCCUUAGGCAGGCAAAGAUGAAGAUGAUAGCCAAGGAGCAGGUGGCGAAGAAGAAGAAGCUGGAGGAGGAGAUGCAAAGAUUGCAGCAAGAGGAGGAAGAGAGAAUGAGAGCUGCAAAGGAAGAAGAGGUUGAAGAGGAGGAGGAGCAGCCGGAAGAAGAGCCCCUCAAACGAAGAAGAUUGGGGGAAGGAGCAGAAAGCAGUGGCACGAAAGAAGACGACCCGUGGGUGGACAGGAGGAUAAGUGAGUGGGUGGCUAAUUUAUCGCUGGGAGAGGACGAAGAGGCGAUGUUGUAUAUACCCCAGGAGGAGAAGGAAGCAGCAAUUAGGGAGAUCGAGGCGACGAGUGACCCCCUAGAAUGCCAGGCCAUAGAGAACGAGAAGAAGUUGGAUUGGAAGUUGCGCCUGGCAAGGGAGAAGAAGAGAAGGACGGAGGAAGCCAACAAGAUGGCCAGAGAGGUGGAAAGUUUACAGACAUGUAGACAAGAGGUAGAGGCCCAGCCUGACAUCCAGGCUAAGUCGCUGAAGCCGGGUCCAGCUAUGGAGCCCAGGUACGUGCUCGACGCUGCAGGGGAGACGGGCGAGGCCUAUCAGACCCGGCUGUUGGACAUGCUCGCCGAGGCCAGGCAACUGUCGGACGCUGCAGCAGCCGCGGCAAAGAAGAAGGCAGAAGACGUAGAGAACGCGCGUCUGCUGGCAAUCGAGCAACAACGCCAGCAGGACGAGGCAGCAGCCAAGGCUGCAAAUGAAGAACGAAUGCAACGACGUGAGAAGAUCUUCAACGGGGAGCGAGCAUUACUCGCAAUGGCAGCGGACUGGCGCACCGAGGCCGAGGAUGGUAAAAUGGAAGAGAGCGAAAGCAAGAUCGCUCUCCUCCUCUCCCAUCUCACGAACCUCCUGGCAACGUGCAUUGCACAACAGGAGGACAUCCACAACCUCGACGCUGCGGUGCAGAAUCACAAACGGGCAUUCCACCAAGUCAACAGCCGCCUCCAGCAACCGGAGCAACAACCCGUCACCACCUCCGUCGCCAGCUCCUCCAACACUUCCGAUCGCCUCAAGGCAUUGGAGAUUGCCUUCAGAGCCCUCAAGGACGACGUGCAGUCACAGCAAUCCGCCACGCAACAACUAGAGCAGCGGAUCUGUGCUGCCGCCGCCAACCCGAGUUCGGCACCACGUGAGACGACUCCAAAGUUCGACGGUCAGGAGAUCUUCUGCGRUUCGACGAAGACGGACCCGRUGUCGUGGUUCCRCAAGUUUGAACUCACGUUGCAGCUACACCACGUCAGCGAGCACAAGCACCAUGCAUACUUAUACUCCCGGUCGGGAGGCGCGUGUCAAGCAUGGUUGGACAACCUCUUGUCCAAGUACGGCGUGGUAGCUGCCGAGUUACACACCAAGAUCAACUGGGACGAUCUAAAGGCAGCGUGGCAUAAGCGGUUCCAAGUAGAGCCGCCAAAGAUCAAGGCCAUGGACAAGCUGAUGACCUUCGAACAAGGCUCGCUGCCCAGUGUCGACUGGAUUGCCGAGUACCAACGCUUGAUAUUCGUCCCAGACAUUCAGAUGGGCUUCAAGGCCAUCAAACACUACAUCUCGAGGUCGUGUCCGUCGUUGGGCAAUGCCUUGACUCACGUCGAGGACACCCUGACGAUGACGGCAGAGCUCUUUGACAAGGCCACGCAGAUUAUUGUCACGAACAAGGAGGCCAAGAACCUCAACAAUUCGUCUGCGACAGGCCCGAGCAGAGACCAGCAUCGGCCGAAAGUGGCCCUGGUCACGGCGGCGACGCCAAACUACCAAACUAGCGAGGCCGUGUCUGCUAAUGAUGAGGACAGACUCGCAGCUGCCCGGGAUGGUGGUCGCCCCGGCAAAGGCCGAGGACACAGCAAACCGAAGACAAACACCACAUUUAUCCCCGGGCCCGACGCAGCAGCUCCAGCCCCAUGUGGGCUGCCCGUCGAAAGGCAAAGGCAAAUCGGGAAACUGAGCGCCGCCGGGAGUGAUUCGACGACACUCUCGACGCCUUCGGAACCGGUCGCUUCAUGGGUGACCGCCCUUCGUUCCGAGGUACAUGCGGAAGUCGAUAGUCUUCCUCUUCUAUAUUCUUUCAAGGACUAUGCUGCCCGGCUCGUUCCUACGCUGGGUACUCAGGCUCAAGGACAAGACGUGUGUGCGGCAUCUUCCCCGUCCGGCAGGGGCAACUUAUCGUCUUCAAGUGAUUCUUCACGGGAUUCGGCGCUCGAGUUCAACAUAGAGGUAUUGGACCCGCUCACGUCCGAGGAUUUCGCAUGGCUUUCUCUCCCGACCACGGGCCGCUUGCCGGGACCUCAAUGCGCAACACUAUGCGCCCGUCUUCACACGUAUCUAUCCUUCUAUGCACCACCAACUUCGCCAGCGGAGGACGAAGUUGCGGUGGGGGACAUCCUUGCGUAUGUUACCAAGGUGGCCCGCGAGUUUCGCAAGCAGUGGUACGAUGACAACAAUGCACCGCUCCUCUAUGUCCGCAUCCAAGUUGGGCAAGCGUCCUGCAGCGCUUUGCUAGAUAGCGGCGCGUCUCGCAAUUUCAUGAGCCAAGCCUUUAUGCAAAGGGUUGGCCUUGGCGCACAAGUUCGAAGGAAGGCAAACCCUAUGGCGAUCAAGUUGGCGGACGGAAGGACGCAGCAACUUCUCAACCGCUACAUCGCGGCCGUACCGGUGUAUUUCGCACCUCAUGCACGCGAACCGGUGACGUUCGACAUUUUGGACACGGACUUCGGCAUUAUUUUGGGAAUGCCUUGGCUUGCAAGUGCGGAUCACACGGUCAACUUCCACUGGCGGGCUCUUACCGUUCGCGACGCCUUCGGUGCCGAAGUGCCGUGUACCAUUCCUCUUCCGCACCCUUCGAUCCGGUACCAAGUGGUGACGACCAAGUCGUUCCGGGCUACUUGUGCUUACGAGCAGCCCGACGAGAUAGACCUAUGCUUCCUACGGACCGUCGCGGUAGCCGACUCUUCACCCACAGACUCAUCUUCGGACCCCCAUGUGGUGCGGUUGCUUGACGAGUUCGCGGACAUCUUCGAGUCACCACCGGUGUGGUGCCGGAUCGACCGAUCUCUCACGAGAUCAUUCUUGAGGACGGUGCCGUGCCGCCGAAAGGUUGCAUUUAUUGCAUGAGCGAGGAGGAGCUUACGGUUCUCCGCGCACAACUCGAUGAUUUGUUGAACAAGGGUUGGAUCCGCCCUAGCAACUCCCCUUAUGAAGCACCCGUUCUCUUCGUACGGAAGAAGAACAAGGAUCUACAACUAUGUAUCGGCUACCGCAAGCUCAACGCGCAAACCGUCAAGAAUGCGGGCCUCUUCCUCAUAUUGACGAUCUUCUUGAGCGAUUGGGCGACGCAAAGUAUUUUUCCAAGUUCGAUCUGAAGUCGGGCUAUCAUCAGAUUUCGGUCCGCCCGGAGGAUCGCUACAAAACCUCAUUCAAGACGCGGUAUGGGCAUUUUGAGUGGAUAGUCAUGCCUUUUGGCCUCACCAAUGCCGAGGCGACCUUCCAAGCGGCGAUGACCAACAAAUUUUAUGCGAUGCU